CAAAUUUAUCGUUUUCCCUCUCGUUCUCGUGCCCGUCCGUGUAUGGUUUUAGUUGGUGGAGCAAUUUUUGGGGAAAAUUCGACCGAAAACGGCCUGACCGCGGCACCUUUUUUAACUACAACGAAGAAGGACAUCCCCCCCGGUUUGUACCGUGAUUUCUGGCUCCGUUGGUGCGUCGUUGGGACGGUUCUAGAAGACGAACAAAACGAAUCCCUCGGAGUGUUGUGUUUUUGAGUGACGAAAGAGGCGCGGAUUGUGCAGGAGCGGUGGCAGGCGGAGCACCCUUGGCGGCAGCACGUGAAAUUUCGAUCGCGAUCCGUCGAUGUCGGUCACCUAUUGUUUUCCAAUCAUGCAAUAAUGUCUUGGGUGGUUAGUGCGUAAAGAGAAAGAAGAAACCCAAGGAGGCCUUCAGCGUCAAGUGCGUCCGUGAACGAGGAGAAUCCGUGGAAGUGGGGGCCCACCGCAUUACCUUAACGAAACGGCGGAGUGCGAAUAAUCACCUCUGCAACGAUAUAAACCCUAAAACGGAUGAGACGGCAGACGCACACGGAGUGAUUGGAAAGCGCGAAGGAAAGCAUAAGCCAUUGAACCGAGGCCAUUGCGAGAGUAAUAGCUCGUGAACCAAAGCACCCGCAGAAGUAUAAUUGACUGUAAAAGGUUCCAGUACCGAUCAUAUCCGACCAACCCUGGCCUCUGAUGUGGUUACCGAGAAGAUUGAUUCACACCACUGGCUUUAUCGCGAGACAUUUCCGAUGGAAAUAACCGGGCAGCAGGAGGCUGAGCAUUAGCUACUAAUCGACGAGCGCUUCCAGGGAUUCCAUUCCCUUUCGCCCCAGUACAAAAUAUUGAAUUAGAAAGGCCAGCAAAAGGAUCGUCAUGGCGCCGAGUCAAAAGGUGACGAAAAAGUGGGAAAUCUUUGCCGGUCGCAAUAAGUUCUACUGCGAUGGGUACCUGAUGACGGCACCGAACUCGGGCGUGUUUUACUUCACGGUUAUCCUCAUAACCGCCACAUGUGGUUUAUUCUUUGUGUUUGACUGUCCAUUCCUUGCACAGCGCAUUACACCGGCGAUACCGAUCAUCGGUGGCAUUCUGUUCGUCUUCACGCUGAGUGCCCUUUUCCGGACCGCGUUCAGCGAUCCCGGCAUCAUUCCCCGGGCAUCCCAGGAUGAGGCGGCUUAUAUCGAGAAGCAGAUCGAGGUGCCAAACUCACUCAACAGCCCAACAUAUCGGCCACCGCCGCGAACCAAGGAGGUGUUCGUGAAGGGUCAAACGGUGAAGCUGAAGUACUGCUUCACGUGCAAAAUCUUCAGGCCACCGCGCGCCUCGCACUGCAGCCUUUGUGAUAACUGUGUCGACCGUUUCGAUCAUCAUUGUCCGUGGGUGGGCAACUGUGUCGGGAAGCGAAACUAUCGAUUCUUCUACAUGUUUAUCGUCUCUCUGGCGUUCCUAGCAGUAUUCAUAUUUUCCUGCACAACGACCCACAUAGUAAUGUUAUUGAAGGAAGAUAACCAGUUUAUUGACGUCGUCAAAAGGACGCCUUCCAGUGUGAUAAUAGCGGUAAUAUGUUUCUGUUCCGUAUGGUCCGUAAUCGGUUUGGCCGGUUUUCACACCUACCUUACGACGAGUGAUCAAACAACGAACGAAGAUAUCAAGGGAUCAUUUAGCUCCAAGGGUGGCCAACAGGCCAUUAAUCCAUAUUCGCAGGGUAACAUCUGCUUGAAUUGUUUUCACAUACUGUGCGGACCGAUCACACCUUCGCUGAUCGAUAGACGGGGUGUAGUUACAGAUGAAUAUCGCACGCAAAUGCAAUCCUCGACAGACAAGUACAAUAGUGCCACCGUGCCACCACUGGUGGUAAUGCAACCUGGCAUGGACACGCUUAAUAAGCAUUACAGUUUAGAUCACGAAUUACAAAACGCAUCGAACGGCGGCACGGGCAGCAGUGGUGUGUAUCGGCAGCGUAGCUACGAUAACUUACAAAAUGAGAAGUCCAAUAGCGUAGCUCACCUGGUAGAGAAUGAAGCUCCACUCUCGACGACGGGUAACGUGUCGACGCUCUCGGGCGUAGAGGAUACUACCACCACCACCAUCUUGCUAGACGACGAUGGCAUCGAGCUAGAGCCAACAACGGCACUGACGACACCACACGCCGCAGGUACACCGGACGAUCCGACGAAUCCACUAAACGGAAGCUACACGAAUCUGUUCCGUGAUCCAGCACUACACGGUGCUGUUGGACAGUCCUCCACUGCCAACAAACUCAAUUACGGCAAUUUAAUGAUGAACGACUGUGACAAAAUUCAAAGCGCUGACGAAAUCAUAAACGUUAGCGAGCUGAUGAUGGUCUGCAGUGUAAGUGGGCACGAGAACGUAUACAGCAACAUCCCACCAGCACAAGUGUCGCCGUCCGGUUCUGCAGUAGGGCUGCUGUCGCCCAAACGAACCAGCCAGGGAAGUAGUAACCUAUCAGCUAUGGAGCUUGGUAGCAUCCCGAAUGGAGGACACCAUCAUCAGCAACACCAGCAGCAGCAGCAGCAGCAGCAUCAGCAGCAUGUGUAUUCUAAUGUAACCAAUGCGACAAUGAAUAGUGGUCACUUGCCCGAUUUUCAGUCAUCACAAGCCCAGACGACAGGUGGUAGCAGUGGAAUGUUGAUGACUUCCAGCUCGUCCCACCAGCAGUUAACGGCCGGCACGCAGCAGCCACAUCAUAUUGAAUCAUCGUUAGCGGACCCGGCAUUACUCAGUUCUUCCUUCAUUGGUAACGAUCUCGAUCUGGACGAUCCGGUGUUGACAAGUUCAUUCGCAACACCGAAACAAUCGAUACCGACCGGUGGUAGCAAAGCAUCCCAAUUGCUGUCUUCCUCUGAACGAAGCACCAUGCAGUUGACACCUCUGAAAGCAUCGCAACCCAUCACAACGAUCGAGAUGAAGAAUGUCAUCAAGACGCUCGAUCCGAACGUGAUCAUUCAGCAACAGCAACAGUCGGCGGCUCCAGCAGGUACGACGGCAACCAUGACCACCACUACCACCACAAUGGCAACAGUAAAUGGUGGUAGCAGUAGCAACGGCUUCAACAACGGAAUAGGCACUGGUAGCGGCGACGGAGUGUCGCCCCUUUUCAUCUCACCGAGCGCCAGCCGUAUGCGGUUGCUCCAGGAAUCGACCAUGAUCGAUACCGCACUCGAUCUCGACAGUCUGGAUGGUUCAAUCGGUAACCACUCGCAAUCGUGUCUCGUGAAGACGGCGAUCGUAUAGUGAACGCCAGCCACCGUGUGCAGCGGAUACCAGCAUUCCCAUGUAAGCUACUAACACUGCUAGAGUAUUAUCACGUCGAGUCACACCCAAUCCAGAUCGCAUCGGUUGAUUCUGCUAGGUGCACCUAGGACAAAUCCACUCGGCAGUUGUCUUCAUAUGUUGACUGGAAUGUUGGGGAACAUAACAGAAACCACCCGAAACGAGAAGCGAACUAAAAAGUCUCGAUCUAUUAAGAUAUGCCACACAUCACAGUACAGAAGGAUAGGAACGCAUCGUAAUGCGUCACGCUAAUCGUUGACGUAACCAGGUAUCCUAUUCUCCCUGCUCAAUACACUGAACACAGAAGUGAUAGUAGACUAAAGCAACGAAUUCAAGAUGAAAUCGAUCGGGGCAGUUGUGUUAGAGUGAAUGUGAAGUUUGGUGCUUGUGGUUCCGCCAAUUAAGCUCGAUAAAAGAUUCCAAAAGUGUAUACCGCCGGUCUCUAGGAAACUCUCUACUUUCGUGAAUUUACACAAUUUGUUAAAUUUGUUGGGGCCGAUAGUGUGUGUGCCCGAUUUGUUACAAAGUGGAGGAAAGAUACAUUGGGCAGGGUCAAAAGCAUUAUGCGCAGUACGGGACGUGACAAAGACUUGGUAACUGUUUUUUGGUAAUAUGCUGAUAGAAAGUAAUAAUAAAACACUGUACAUAACAA